AUGGCAGCAAGAAAUCCUGGACCUUAUUUGAACCAGGUACCUUUAGGUUUCCCCAGUUAUAAUAGAAGAGUGUUCAGAGAUAUUUUGGCUAGAAGAGCUUUUAUGGAAUCGGAAGUUAAUACAAGAAUUUACAAAAAUAUUUUUGAAAAUUUAGGUUUUAAAGGGCAGAUCAGAAUCAAUAAUAAAGUUGGCGUUAACAGAAUCCGUAUGAGGUGUAUACAAGGAGGAUAUUCUAGAGGAAUUUAUAAAUUUACUAGAAUGGCAAAAAUGGCAUUUUUUCAAACUGCCAGAGAAGGGUGGUUAAAAAAAUAUGGUUAUAGACCUGAUUUAUUUCGAUAA